CACUUCAAAUUCAUGCGUCAUCGCUCCGUCUCCACCAUUACCAUGGUUGUUGCAACAAGAGCUGGCUUCAUAACUGAAACUGACGAACAGGAAGAACUUAUGGAACAGGGAAAUCAAUAUGAAUAUCAGGAAGCAGAAGAGCCAGAUGGCUUACGCAUGACUCGACUACGUGAGGUCCUUGAGAAAUCUCUACAGGAAACCCUAAAGGCCUGCAAUCUUAAUGCCAUCUGUGAAUGCUUCCCUCUAGCAGCAGAGAAAAAUCAAGAUGCUUUACGUGAUGCACACGAGAAAAUCUGUCAGUUCCUGAGCAUAGAAGUUAAUAAUGAGUUCGAGCAGAUUAUUGAGGAGCGGAAUGUCGCUUUCAAGCUAAACGGCCUUGAUCGACUUAUUGCAGACGCCAAGAGCAAAGGCAUUACGGCAGGGUCGCGCACGCUACCGGAUUUGUCUCCAGAAAUGGCUGUCCGAGCUCGUACCGCACCGACAAAAGAAGCUGAGAUUGAGCGACUGAAGGCAUUACUGGAAAUGACUCAACUUGAUAACCGACGACUUGGCAAUGCCCUGAACCGUUCGAGUGCGGAGCAGAGAGUUAUUAAGGAUGAAGUGUCGGAAGCAUUUUAUGAGCUUCAAGAGAGCACAAAUAUUGCAGCUCGUAUGCCCAAAGAAAAAAUGAAUAUGCUAUUGUGCAUGAUAAUUGAUCAAAUUCGAGAUCCUUGAUGAUUGGAUGCUGGCCAUCCAGACUUGCGCUCUUACAUCUUUACUUUACAUCAUAAUAUCCCAUAGUAUUCCAUAAUUCCAGCUUCAAUAUAUCGUAGUAGUCUUGUCACUUAGUUUAGUCAAGCAGAGAUUAAAUGACCUUAUU